UCGAGAAAUAGGAAGACGGCCAAUGGAAAUGCACCAAGAGAGAGCUGCGUUAGGUUGAGAGCGCGAGGAGCGGCAGCAGGUCCCAGCAGCUCUGACACAGCAGUGAAACAGACUAAUGACCCAGCACGAGGCGCCACUCAUUCCAGUAACAUGGACAAGUACGAAAAGCUGAAGAAAAUCGGGGAAGGCUCAUUUGGAAAAGCCCUCCUUGUCAGAUCAAAAGAGGAUGGACACCAGUAUGUCAUCAAGGAGAUUGGCAUAUCUGGAAUGCCAAACAGAGAGAGGCAGGAAUCUCGAAAGGAAGUCGCCGUUCUUGCCAAAAUGAGUCACCCCAACAUUGUCCAGUAUAAGGAUUCUUUUGAAGAAGCGGGUUGUCUGUUUAUUGUGAUGGACUACUGUGAGGGCGGAGACCUCUUCAAGAAGAUCAACUCUCAGAAAGGAGUACUGUUCUCUGAAGAUCAAAUCAUGGAUUGGUUUGUGCAGAUUUGCCUGGCACUGAAGCAUGUUCAUGAUCGUAAAAUACUGCACAGGGACAUCAAAUCACAGAAUAUUUUUUUAACGAAGGAUGGGACUGUCCAACUUGGGGACUUUGGAAUAGCAAGGGUUCUAAAUAGCACUGUAGAGCUGGCAAGGACUUGUAUAGGAACACCAUAUUACCUAUCACCAGAGAUUUGCGAAAAUAAACCAUACAACAACAAAAGUGAUAUUUGGGCCCUAGGAUGUGUCCUGUAUGAAAUGUGCACUCUUAAGCAUGCAUUUGAGGCUGGCAACAUGAAGAACCUAGUCCUGAAGAUCAUUCGCGGCUCAUACCCUGCUGUGUCUUUUCACUACUCCCAAGAACUCCGCUCUCUCUUGGCACAGCUGUUUAAACGCAACCCCAGAGAAAGGCCAUCAGUCAGCACUGUCCUCGACAAACCUUACUUGUCCUGUAGGAUAGAGAAGUUCCUCACACCACAGCUCAUUGCUCAGGAAUUCCGCCACACUCCCCUCCUCAAGCAGCCUAAAGUGGGCGUGUUGCAGGGAGCACCGGCCAAGCGUUCCGCCGCUGGGUCCAUACCACUCACUCCAGCCCAGAAGAUCACCAAACCAGCCGCCAAAUACGGAGUGCCUUUAACUGCGAAGAAGUUUUCAGAUGGAGCCAAAAAGCCAGCAGAGAGGAAACCAGCUGUUAAACAUAAACCGGCCCCUCUCCCAGCACCCUCCCAAAGAAGAGAGGACAAGGAAGAGAGGAAAAAACAAGAGGAAGGGAUCAGAAAGAAGAAGAUGGAGCUGAUUGAGAAAGAAAGGAACCAGAGAGAGCAGAUGUUCCUGUUUAAAGCAGAGCAAAUGAAGAGAUAUGAAAAGGAAAAGAUCAAUCGUAUAAACCAAGCCAGAGAACAGGGCUGGAAGCACGUUCUGAGUUCUAGUGGAGGUAGCAGCCCAGAGAGGAAGUGUUUUGUAGGUGGUCGAAACAGGGCUGCAGGUGUUGGCGCCCCUGUCCCAGGCUCUGUGCCGAGCAAAAGUCCUUAUGAAGCCUACCACGCUGCUCUGGAUCACAUGUCUAAACCUAGGCCUAAAGACAUUGGUAGGGAGGCAUCCUCUGCAACACCGGGCAGUCCCAUUCGAAGUGUACCUGCUGCAGCUGGACCAGUGCUGCCCAGCAGCCCUGCCCAUCUCUUAAACCACGAUGCAAUCAAGAGAGAACUUCAGAGACUGCAGUUCAUUUCUGUACAAGCUCGUUUCAGUAGGCAGCGUGGUCAGGUGGCUCCUGGCCGUGCUAAUCAGGUUGAGGAGUUUUUACAGCGUAAGAGAGAAGCUAUGCUCAACAAAGUCCGUGCUGAAGGACAACUGGGAACCCGGCAAAACCUGGCUGCACUCUAUGGAAGCCGGGCUGGUUCAGCUCAGUGCAGGAGACCCAGAGCCAACAAAGAAGAGGAGGAGUACUUGAAGAAACUGAGGCAGAUCCGCUUGCUGAAUUUCAAUGAGCGUCAGCAGAUCAAAGCUCGACUCAGAGGAGAGAAGUAUGACAGUGAUGGUUCAGACAGCCAGGAAUCCAGUGAGGAGGCAGAGCUCAGGAGAAGGAAGAUAGAGGCUUUAAAGGCCCAAGCAAAUGCCCGUGCUGCUGUUCUGAAGGAGCAACUGGAGAAGAAGAGGAAGGAGGCAUAUGAGAGAGAGAAGAGAGCUUGGCAGGACCAUCUUGUUGUUCGGGGGAUGAAGGUUGGCAUGGCAGCAGGGAACGCUGCGGCGGCAGCAGCAGUAGCAGUCUCAACUACCUCGGACAGUCCUCUUCCACAGCCCAAUCUGUCUCCACCAGAAGAAGUUACCAACACUCCGGCCCUGCCUCCAUCCAAAACCUCCACCCCAGUCAUAUCCAUGACUGCUGCCCUGAAGAAUGUUGGAGCAAUAACUCCACUAAAAGCAAUCUUGCCUGUGCUGGAGACUGCGACAGUCAUCCAGACUGAGAAAAAGCAGAUACUGCACCGACUUAACCAGAACCUAAAAGCCCAAUGUCCAGGGGAGGAGGGAAAGGAGGCGGUUCCAUCCCCUGCAGAGCCAAGUGCUGUUCCCCAGGAGAACCCGUCUGACUCAAAGAGUCGUCCCUGUUCCAACGGAGACCGAAAGAAGUGGGAUGCAGCUGAACUGCCUAUACUUCCUGUGGCUCAGCAAACCUUAGAGCAAACCUGUGCCACAAUGAUUAAAACCUCAGUGUCUCCAGACGAAAGGCCGUCCUCUGGUGGAGAUAGGAAGAAGUGGGAGGCAGGACUUCCACUUGUCCUCUCUGUAGCCCAACAAACUCUAGAGAAGACCUGCAUCACGACCAUUGAGCAAACUUCAGGUGAAGUUAUAAAGAUGGAUUUGCUUCAGGAGGAAGCUCAGAGGAAGAUGUGGAGAGUGAGUCCAGACUCUCAGGUGCUUCGACUCCUUCAGGAGGCCGAGCCUCAGCCUCUCACCCAGCAGCUGGAGAAUGUCUACGUCUGUGAAAAAGAGAUUCUCUGCCUCGAUAAGUCUAACCAGGCUGCAGUACCUGAGAUGGAGAGGACACCUAAAGAAGUGUUGACCUCUGAGCCAACACCAUCUGCUGUGCUUCUAAGCCCUGCAUUUGAAAAGGAGAGUUCUGCUCCAACAGAGUCGUCACAUCAGGAAACGUCUGUGGCCGGUACAAUCGAAACAGUGACACUGCCGCCAGACCUCACUGAGGCUCACGAUCUAGCAGACGUGGAGUCAGUUGUUCUCGAGGACACACCGAAACAGGCCUUACGUCGUCCAGCUGGUGUGCAGCAGGCAUGGGAACAGGAUGCCCAGCAGCAAAUGCCAUCAGAGGGCAGUAAAAGACCAACAGGCACCAAGGAGGUUGAGAGGAGUGUGGAGAAACCCACAGAAUCUUCAAGUUUACCACAGUGCGAGGAGCCUCUGUUUACGAAGUUGUGCUCCCCGGCCCACCGACGCACUGCGGCCCUCUCAGUGCUCUCAGCCCAGUCCUCUAUGGAUGAAUCAUCGUCCUCUCUGGCCUCACGCUCACGCUCCGUCUCACCUCUGCGCAACAAACACCACAACUCCCUCCUCAUUGGACUCUCUACGGGCAUGUUUGAUGCCAACAAUCCCAAGAUGCUGCGGACCUGCUCUCUACCAGAUCUCAGUCGUCUCUUCAGUGCUCAGCAGGACUCUGCAGUGGCUGGUAAUGCUAAUGUUGCCCCAGACAACAACCUGGAAAUCGAGGACCUGGAUGAGGCGGCUAAAGAUGAUGACCAGUCAGAGACUGAGGAUGCAUAUGAGGACGAAGACCUGCAGGACAUCAGGGCCUCCAUGGAGAGACUGCUGCAAGAAGACGAAGACGAAGACUUAAUGAGUGGCCCUCCAGAGGUUGGAGCAGGAGACUUUAAUGGAAACCCUUCAGAGAGCCAAGACAAGGAGUUUUUUAACAGGAUAGCAGCUGAGAUAGAUCAGGACAACAAUCAGAUGGCUGUAGAUAAUGACGACGAAGAAGAUGAUGACGAUGAAGAGGAAGAAGAAGGCGAAGAGGAGGAGGAGGAGGAUGAUGAGGACGAUGAUGAUGACGAAUGCUCCAAUGGCAGUCCGGGUGAUGUGGAGGCAGGGGAGUUGCUCACCAAUGGCGUGGGAGAUGAGAACCACAGUAAUAACAGCCAGCUCAAUGAGGAGUGGCAAUCAGAUGGCAGUGGAGAGGAGCAGGGCGGAGACGCUGAGCUUCAUGACAGCAUCUUCAGUCGACUGGAGGAGCUUCGCUUCAACCUGGAGCAGCAGAUGGGCUUUGAGAAGUUCAUCGAGGCCUAUAAUAAGAUUAAGGCUAUACAUGAAGAUGAAGACGAGAACAUUGACCUGGGCUCCAGUUUGGUCUUAAGCAUUUUGGGAACUGAGCACCAGCAUCUGUAUCCCAACAUCCUGCAUCUAGUGAUGGCAGAUGGCGCAUACCAAGAAGAUAAUGAUGACUAAUGUUUUCUGCGAUGGAACUGCUGGCAGCCAUGCUGGCAGCUUCGACAAUCUGCUUGCUAUCUGAUGUCUUCCCAUGACGUACAUCAUUGGCAGAAGAAUCUAUGCAUGACAUGUCGCAGCUGUUUAUCCGACAGUUUUCCUGGCACACUUGCAUGAUGAAUUAAUAGUAAACUCAAGGAUGUAUUUCAUACUUUUGACUAUCAGCACCUGACACUCUUUUCUAACCAGUGUUCAUUCAAAAAGUGCAUUAACAACACAUGUAGUUAUUUACCAAAGUUUAUGUCAGAUGUUUGUGAAGCUUUGUCUGUUAGUGAAUGACACGUGCAUUGUCACACUGAUUCAUAGUAGAAACUAUUAUGUCACAAUUUGUUGUUGGUUGCUCAUAUAGACUCCUCAUUUUAUUUUGGCAGGCAAACAUCUGGUCCUCUCAGGUGCUCUCUCUUUCUAACUGUCACACACAUUAAACCAUAGCUUCUAAACCAGGUCACCCUGGAAACAUAAUUUACUCAGAACCAACGGAACCUCCUUUUCUUAAUACAAUUUUCACCAAACAAGAAGUAAAAUAUUGUACAAGACAUUUUUCCACAUUUCUUACUGUUUCAGUUUACCCAUUUUAAUUAUUGUAAUUAUAUGAUUACUGUGAGACUGUUGACUGCUGCCAAGCUACUGUAGCAAGACUAUGGCAGUGACGUGCUGAGCGUGGUGAUGGAGAGCCUGGUUAUAAUUAUGUUCAGUGCAGAGCACUGAUAAGUAAGCAAUGAUACAGAUAUUAACAAUAAAUCCUAUAUGACUACAAAUUAAAUGUUGUAAAUAUUUUUUGAAGUAAUAAAAACUUUUUUUCGAGAA